AUGAAGUUGAAUUUGGCCACAGGCCUCGUCUGCCUGCUCGCUUCCACUGAGGUAGUGGCGGCUAGCAGCUGGUGGAGCAAGGCUGUUUACAACAAGUGGCACGAGACAGAGCUUGAGCGAUGGCUCUCAGACCAUGACAUCCCCUAUCCCACUCCUGCCGACCGCCGUGACCUGGAGAACCUCGUCAAGAGCAACUGGGAGUCCAGAGUCCAGAAGCCCCUUGGACAAGCUGCCGACCAGGCCAGCCAUGAGCUGCACCACGCCAGAGAAUGGAUCUUUGAUACUUGGUCCGACUCUCAAUUAAAGGCAUUCCUUGAUCGCCACGGCAUUCCAGCUCCCCAACCCCGCCAGCGCGACAGCUUGAUCAGGGCCGCGCGUGAGAACUACGAGAAGAUCGCCACCAAAGCCGGCGAGACUGUCUCAUACCCUGGAGACUGGGUGUAUGCUCAGUGGGCCGAUUCGGAUCUCAAGGAAUGGCUCGACGAGCGUGGAUGGCCGGUGCCCCAGCCCACCACCCGCGACAAGCUCAUCGCAUCCGUUCGCCGCAACUCUCGCAUUGCCAGCUUCCAGUCCAAGAGCAUUCUUGCGUCUGCUUCCGCUGAGGCCGAGGCUGCUAAGGAGUCUCUGAGCGAGCAGCUCUUCAGCGCCUGGUCCGACUCGAAGCUGAAGGAAUUCCUCGAUGAGCACAACGUCAAGGUGCCCCAGGGCUCGAAGCGCAAUGAGCUCAUUGCUCUUGCCCGUAAGAACCGUCACUACCUUUCCGGCCAGGUCUCAAGCGCAUCCUCCGCUGCUUCCUCCGCUGCUUCAGAUGCGUUUGGCGCCGCCACCACCAAGGCUGGAAACCAAUAUGCCCGUGCUACCGAUCUGGCGAAGCUGAAGGCCGAGGAUGGAUUCCAGGCCGCAUUGAAUGGCUGGUCUGACUCCCGCCUCAAGGCCUUCCUUGAUGCUCGCAGCGUCCCCGUGCCACAGAACGGCAAGCGUGAUGAGCUCGUCGCUGCUGUCCGCGCCAACGCCCACAAGGCUGCCGGUGGAUGGAACCAGUACAACUUCGAUACCUGGGAUAAGGAACACCUUGUGAAAUACCUCUCUGCUGUGAACAGUAAGGCAGCCAAGAAGGCCGAUGCCUCGCGCGAAGAGCUCGUCAAGAACGCCGAGGAAUACUACGCCAAGGCUUCCAAGGCCGGCGGCGAGCAGUAUGCCUCUGCGACUGCUGCUCUCGCCCAGGCAACCGGAACCGCCAAGGAUGCUACCUUCGAUCAGUGGUCUGAAUCCGAGCUCAAGAAAUACUUGGACAACUACGGUAUUCCUGUCUACCAGGGCUCGAGCAUCAACGAGCUCCGUGCCGCUGCCCGACGUAACGCCCAGUAUUUCAAGUACGGCACCACCAACCCUCAGGAUACCAUCUACGCCAAGGCUGUUGAGACGUUCUACUGGAUCGUGGACCAGCUGAAGCUUGGUGCUGCUAGUGGCCGCGCCCAGGGUUCUGAGGCUGCUGAGAAGGUUCAAAAGAAGGUCGUGAAUAACGCCGAGAGCCUGCGUGGAGAGCUGUGA